UGCAGAGUCAAGAACGCUGUCAAGGGAGCCACACCCCCUGGCCCGCAGAGGAAUCGCCGUCAGCAAGAGGCAGCAAGAGGAUUGAGUCGCCAGCCAGUUACAAGGCACCUUGAGACUUUCAGGAUGCGGAUGUCGCUGGUCUUUGCCUGCCUAGCGAUGGGCCUGGCCCUUAUCUUUGCCGAAGGCUCUGCCUCCUCCCAUCACCAGUCUCUGGCAGCCCGCCUGGCCACAGACUUUGGAGUGAAGGUGUUUCGGCAGGUGGUACAGGCCUCCAAGGACCGCAACGUGGUUUUCUCACCCUAUGGGGUGGCCUCCGUCCUGGCCAUGCUGCAGCUGACCACGGCGGGAGACACCCAGCAGCAGAUCCAAGAGGCCAUGCAGUUCAAGAUUGAGGAGAAGGGCAUGGCCCCUGCCCUCCGUCAACUGUACAAGGAGCUCAUGGGGCCGUGGAACAAAGAUGAGAUCAGCACGGCCGAUGCCAUCUUCGUGCAGCGGGAUCUGAAGCUGGUCCAGGGUUUCAUGCCCUACUUCUUCAGGCUGUUCCGGACCACGGUCAAGCAGGUGGAUUCAGAGAUGGACAGAGCCAGGUUCAUCAUCAAUGACUGGGUGAAGAGACACACAAAAGGCAUGAUCAAUGACUUACUUGGCCAAGGGGCUGUGGACCAGCUGACGCGCCUGGUUCUGGUGAAUGCCCUCUACUUCAACGGCCAGUGGAAAACGCCCUUCCCAGAGAAAAGCACUCACCACCGCCUCUUCCACAAGUCUGAUGGCAGCACCGUCUCUGUGCCCAUGAUGGCUCAGACCAACAAGUUCAACUACACUGAGUUUUCCACCCCCGACGGCCAUUACUACGACAUCCUGGAAUUGCCCUACCACGGCAACACUCUGAGCAUGUUCAUUGCCGCCCCCUACGAAAAAGAGGUGCCUCUCUCCGCCCUCACCAGCAUUCUGGACGCUCAGCUCAUCAGCCAGUGGAAAGGGAAUAUGACCAGACUCACCCGCCUCCUGGUUCUGCCCAAGUUCUCCCUGGAGAGUGAAGUUGACCUCAGGAGGCCCCUGGAGAACUUGGGAAUGACGGAUAUGUUUAGGCCUAACCAGGCGGACUUCUCAAGUCUUUCAGAUCAAGAGCUUCUGUACAUGUCGCAGGCCCUGCAAAAGGUGAAGAUCGAGGUGAAUGAGAGCGGCACGGUGGCAUCCUCCUCUACGGCCAUUAUCGUCUCAGCCCGCAUGGCCCCCGAGGAGAUCAUCAUGGACCGGCCCUUCCUGUUCGUGGUGCGGCACAACCCCACAGGAACGGUCCUUUUCAUGGGCCAAGUGAUGGAGCCUUGACCAUGGAUGGAAAAGCAGUCCUCGAAUGGGACAGAACUGGAGAUAUCCAGGAAGAAGAAUCUCCGGAGAGAAUUUUCACUUUAAGUCAUUUUGCUGGAGAAAAAGAAGCUAUUUGCCCUUGUUUUCAUAAUGGUAAAUCUUUCGAAUCUGCCUCUUAGACCUCAGGCUCCCCCAGGAAGGGGAGAGAGGACACUGGAGAAAACUCCCCCAGUGGAGGUCCCGGGAGAGACCUUGGAAGCACGUCUCCCCAAAGGGCUGGCAGCCAGACCACAGAACUCUCAGAACCACUCGCGCAGCUGCUUCUGCCCAUCGCUCUGCCCAUUGGGGUCUUCGGACUGGAUCCCACUGUGGCCCUGGCAGGAUAGGACCGCGAGGCUUACAGGAGCCCCUGUGUGCUGGGUAGAAAUGAUUUGCGUUCCAGUCACGUUGCUGUCACUCUUGCGCUGUCUGCCACUGCUGAGAGGGCUGGCGGUGGCGGGCCCAAGGCCAAGGCAAGAAACACCCUUUGGUGGCAAGGUCCGUCCUCCCCCGGCCAGCUCCGAGGUGCGCGACCCACCUGGGCCUGGCUGCUCCCUCCCCAGAAACAGUGUGUAUGUAUUAUUUUGGAGUGUAGGUGACUUGUUUACUUGGAGGAGCAGGCUUCUGCUUCCCACAAACUUCAUUUUGCAGAAAUAGAGGAAGAAACGUGAGGUGUCUGCCUGGAUCUCAGCUCCAGUCUCCCGGUGGGGAGGGUGGGAUGCCAGGGGUGUGCUUGAAUAUUUAUCAUAUCCUUGCCCUUGUGUGCUUGUUAGAGAGAAAGAGGGUUAUAGAGAAGACAUAUUAUUUAAACUUGUUCAUAGUGUUCCUUUGUGGUCUGUGUGGUUGCAUCUCAGGACUCCCGGCCACUUGUCGCCUGUGGGGUGGCAAGCGUGAUGGGGCCCCACACUGCCACCUGGUGGCUGCCUGAACCCCAUUGCUCCUCUCUUUUCCUUGUUUUUCCACUUGAUGGAGGAGGACCCCUGCCAGGAUUAUUCAACUUCAGCCCACUUGAGGGACCAAAGGGAUGGAGGGGCAGGGUUGAAGGGAGACAGAGUUGUUUCCAAUCUUUCCAAUAUAUUUAGGAGCAGGCGUGCAAGGGGCUACAUGACCUAGCAGGACAGAACUUUCCCCAAUCAUAGGGUGACUCACAGCCGCCCUGGUGACUCAUUUCAAUGUGUCAUUUCCGGCUGCUGUGUGUGAGCAGUGGACACGUGAGAGAGGGAGAGAAAAUGACAGAGAAUGAGAGAGACAGCAAGUUCGGGCUCCACUACCCCCAUUAGAUAAUCUUUCUGCAAACCAGCUCGCAGGAGGUUACGGCAUGCAGACCAAUUUAUUGAAGAAUUGCACAGAGAGGUUGAAUGAAUGUAACUAAUAGAACUCCCACCAUCCCACCAUGCCCUUCAGUGAAAAAUGUUCGUUCCUGGCAUUUUUUUUUUCUUUUUUCAUUAUGCACUGGACAAUGACAGCCACACACGUACCCCCGAGGAUACCCAAAUGUGGGGUCCAGCGUUCUUAAAAUUGUGUUUUCUAUGCUUUUUCACUUUUGAUAUAGAAGCAAGUAAAAAAAAAGUUUUUAAAAAAAUAAUAAAUAAACACAAAAAAAGAAUAUUC